CAACAUAAAUUUAGUGUCAAUUUCUUCAUUUGGUACACGGGACCAAGACAUAUCGCAAAAAUGGCAAUGUCAACCCCAUUUAUGCACACUCCAUUUUCUUAUACCUUGUCCAAGAACAUAAAAUCUCGACCAACUUUCAUUGUUUCUGUUAUUAAGAUCCAUGAAGGGACACAUGAAACACCAAAAACCCGAAAUUGGCCAAACCAACAAAAAAUUCCUACCAUGAAACCCAAAAAAUCAUCAGAGCUACCGUUACUCGAAAAAAUAUUUAACACACUCGAUAAAGCAAUCAUCAAGUUCGUAGACCCUCCUCUUCACCUAUCGGUAGACCCGAGCUACAUCCUAUCUGAUAACUAUGCACCAGUUGCUGAGCUAAGCCCAACCGAAUGCAAGAUAGUACAUGGGUCAAUCCCUAAAUGUCUUGAUGGUGUCUACAUACGAAAUGGACCAAAUCCACAAUUCGUCCCUAAUGGUCCGCACCAUUACCUUGAUGGUGAUGGGAUGGUGCACUCCAUAAGGAUCUCUCAAGGCCAAGCCACUUUCUGCAGCCGGUACGUGAAAACAAAUAAGUAUUUCUUUGAGCGCCAAGCUGGAUCCUGCGUUGUCCCGAAAAUUGGAGGUAUGCAAAGUCUUGGUCCCUUUAUUGCUCGUGUAGCAUUGUUCUUUGCAAGAAUUAUAUCGGGGAAAUAUGAUAUUGGCAAAGGCAUUGGUGUUGCUAACACAAACUUAGCCUUUUUUGGGGGCAGUUUGUACGCGUUAUGCGAAUCUGAUCUUCCCUAUGCAUUAAAAGUUCAAGAAAAUGGUGACAUAAUAACUUUAGGUCAGCAUGAUUUCAAUGGAAAGCUUUCAUUAAAUAUGACGGCUCACCCAAAGAUCGAUCCACAGACUAAAGAAGCUUUCGCUUUUCGUUACUGGUCAAUACAUCCAUUUUUGACUUAUUUUCGUUUUGAUGCAAAUGGGAAUAAGCAACCUGAUGUCCCUAUUUUCUCUAUGAAAACACCCUCUUUAACUCAUGACAUAGCCAUCACAAAAAAGUAUGCAGUCAUAUUUGAUAGUCAACUUGGAGCAAAUCCUAUGAACCUUAUUCGUGGAGGCCAGUUUGUAAGUGUAGAUGCUGCAAAAGUUCCAAGAAUCGGUCUUCUUCCAAGAUACGCAAGGGAUGAGUCUGAUAUGAAAUGGUUUGAGGUGCCUGGAUUUAAUAUAUUUCAUGUCGUCAAUGCAUGGGACGAGAUGGAUGAGGAUGGCAAUGAGGUCGUGACGUUGGUUGCACCAAAUAUAUUGACCAUGGAGCACUUCUUUGAGCGGAUGGAUCUAAUUCAAGCAUCCAUGGAAAAAGUAACCAUUCAAAUUGGGACUGGGGUUGUGUCUAGACAAACUUUGUCUACUGACAAUUUGGAAUUACCUGUGAUUAAUCCAGCUUAUGCUUCAAAAAAGAACAAGUACAUCUAUGCAGGAAUUUGUGAUAAAGCGCCAUCAAAAUCAAGGAUGUUGAGGAUAAUAGGGGUGUCAAAACUUGAUACAUCAUCUGAAAAAAGCAUGGAACAAAACGACCAUACGGUGGCUUGCCGGCUGUAUGGUGAUAGUUGCUAUGGAAGUGAACCAUUUUUUGUUGCAAGAGACACGGGAAAUCUAAGCUCAGAAGAGGAUGAUGGGUACUUAGUGUCAUAUGUGCACAAUGAAACCUCGGGUGAGUCGAGUUUCUUGGUGAUGGAUGCCCAGUCACCAACUCUAGAAAUCGUUGCAGCAGUAAAGCUGCCACACCGAGUACCUUAUGGUUUACAUGGGAUAUUCAUUAAGGAAAGGGACCUAGAUCAAAUGUUAUAGUAAAACUUCGUUAUAUUGUUGCUGUUAUUAUUGGAUUAAUUUGUUGGGUUAAUCG